AUAAAUUCCAAGAAGCUUUGAAACGUGAUUAAAUUAAUUGGCGCAGAGUCACAGACCAAGCCAUUCAUUCCCUCGGACUCCCCGAUCUCUCCUCCUUCGUCUCCGUCUCCGUCUCCGUCUCCGAUCAUCUGCCACCGUCGCCGCCAUGAGCUGGUGGUGGGCCGGCGCAAUCGGUGCUGCCAAGAAAAAGAUAGACGAGGAUUCCGGCGAGGCCACCGGAAAGUAUCAGAGCGUUGGCCUUGUCAUCGGCGUCACUGGCAUCGUCGGCAAUAGCCUCGCCGAGAUCCUCCCUCUAUCUGACACUCCCGGUGGUCCCUGGAAGGUGUAUGGCGUCUCCCGCCGCCCUCUCGCCUCCUGGUCUCCUACCCCUGGCCCCGCCUUCGAGCACGUUCAGUGCGACAUCUCCGACCCUGACGAAGCUCUCGCGAAGCUCUCCCCUCUCACCGAUAUCACCCACAUCUUCUAUGUAACCUGGAGCCCGCGUUUCACAGAGGCUGAGAAUCGGGAGGUGAACUCCGCCAUGAUCCGCAACGUGUUCGCCGCCGUGCUCCCUAACGCUCCCAAUCUUCAGCAUGUCUGCCUGCAGACCGGGCGGAAGCACUACCUUGGCUCUGUUGAGUCCUUCGGCAAGGUUGAGAUUCCUGAGCCACCCUUCACUGAAGAAAUGCCCCGCCUGAACUGUCCCAACUUCUAUUACGAUCUUGAAGACAUCCUGUUCGACGAAUUGUCUAAGAGAGAUGGGGCGGUGUCUUGGUCUGUUCACCGCCCGACGAUGAUCUUCGGGUUUUCUCCUUACAGUCUUAUGAAUAUUGUUGGGACUCUCUGCGUUUAUGCUGCCAUUUGCAAGCAUGAAGGAAGCUUGUUGAGGUGGCCUGGGAGCAGGAUGACUUGGGAGGGAUUCAGUGAUAUCUCUGAUGCUGAUCUUAUUGCUGAGCACCAGAUAUGGGCUUCAGUUGAUCCUUUUGCUAAAAAUGAAGCUUUUAAUUGUAGCAAUGGUGAUGUGUUUAAAUGGAAACAGCUUUGGCGGAUACUUGCAGAGCAAUUUGGAGUGGAUUUUGUUGGGUAUGAAGGUGAGGAGAAGCGGGUCAAUUUGGAGGAGAUGAUGAAGGGGAAGGAAGGGGUGUGGGAUGAGAUUGUGGCAAAGUAUGAGCUUGCGCCAACCAAGCUGAAUGAAAUCGCUUCCUGGUGGCUCGCGGAUCUUGUGCUUGGGACGGAGAUGGAACUGUUGGAUAGCAUGAACAAGAGCAAGGAGCAUGGAUUCCUUGGCUUUCGCAACACGGUAGCUUCCUUCUAUUCUUGGAUUGAUAAGAUGAAGGCUUACAAGAUUGUCCCUUAGAAUUGUGUUUUUUCAGUGCUUUGAAGUUUGAUUUCAUAUCUAGUACUUGUUGCUCUUGUGUUCUUGAGACCUUGCUCUUGUUUGUGAGUUAUGCAUUAAUUGGGAUUGAUAAAAUAAUGAAUGUUCAUAUUGAAUAUAAAUCAUGCCAGUAUUGUUUGCUGUCUGGCUCUUCA